GUUCAACAAUUGGGGGUUAGGGUUGUUGAUGAGUUGUUGCUGCGCGCGAAUUGCUAUUUGAUUCAGAUUCUGAGCCUUCAUAGGUUGUGAAAACGGGUUGACCCGGUUACUGUCACAAAUUUAUCCAAUUCGGUUACGGGGGUUUGGUUCAGAAACUUGUGGCAGGGCAAGUGAGCAAUAAAGCAUGGGGAAAGCUUCGAGGGAUAAGAGGGAUAUCUAUUACCGGAAAGCUAAAGAGGAAGGUUGGCGUGCUCGAAGUGCCUUUAAACUCCUUCAGAUAGAUGAAGAAUUCAACAUUUUUGAAGGAGUGAAGCGUGUUGUAGAUUUAUGUGCUGCCCCAGGUAGCUGGAGUCAGGUUUUGAGUCGUAAAUUGUAUCUCCCAGCCAAGCUUGCACCUGAUGCUAAGGAUGAAAAUCUUCCUCUUAUUGUAGCUAUUGAUUUGCAACCAAUGGCUCCAAUUGAAGGUGUCAUCCAGGUGCAGGGUGAUAUAACUAAUGCUCGGACAGCUGAAGUGGUCAUUAGACAUUUUGAUGGUUGCAAGGCUGACCUGGUUGUGUGUGAUGGUGCUCCUGAUGUUACUGGGCUUCAUGACAUGGAUGAGUUUGUACAAUCCCAACUCAUACUUGCAGGGUUGACAAUUGUCACUCAUGUACUUAAGGAAGGAGGGAAGUUUAUUGCAAAGAUAUUUAGAGGAAAGGACACAAGCCUUCUAUAUUGUCAGCUAAAAUUAUUUUUCCCUGUGGUGACGUUUGCAAAACCAAAAAGCAGCCGAAAUUCCAGCAUAGAGGCCUUUGCAGUUUGUGAAAACUAUUCCCCUCCUGAAGGAUUCAAUCCGAAAGAUCUUCAUCGCCUUCUUGAGAAGGUUGGAAGUCCCUCAGGAGUAGAUGAUACAGAUUGUUGUAGUGGUUGGUUGGAAGGCCCUAAUAAGGUGUAUAUCCCAUUUCUUGCUUGUGGUGACCUCAGUGGGUAUGAUUCUGAUCGCUCAUAUCCACUACCUAAAGUUGCUGGGGGAACAUAUCAGAGUUUGGAUCCCGUGCAGCCCCCUAUUGCCCCACCUUACAAGAGAGCUCUGGAGUUAAAAAAGGCUGCCAGUCAAGGAUUCCGAGAACUUGAAAACCUCUCAUUGGAUUCUUGAUCGUUGUUUAUUCAUAAUGUCAUUUGGAACUUUUGUUUUUUCUUAUGAUAUGAUUUGUGUUUUGAUAAUUAUUAGCGUACGUGCGAACUUUAACACUUUCUUUUCUUUUGUACCAUCAUUGCUGCCUGGCGAGUCUUUUGUUGUCACAAUAUUUGAAAUGAAUACAAAUUAUUUUAUAGAUAA